AUGAGGGUGCCGGUGCCGGGUCCCUCGGCCGCCGCCCCCGCGGCCGGCCGCGAGCCCUCGACGCCCGGCGGAGGCGCCGUCGCUGCCGCCUCGGGCGCCGCGGUGCCCGGCUCCGUGCAGUUGGCGCUGAGCGUCCUGCACGCCCUGCUCUACGCCGCGCUCUUCGCCUUUGCCUACCUGCAGCUGUGGCGGCUGCUCCUGUACCGCGAGCGGCGGCUGAGUUACCAGAGCCUCUGCCUCUUCCUCUGUCUGCUGUGGGCAGCGCUCAGGACCACCCUCUUCUCCGCCGCCUUCUCGCUCAGCGGCUCCCUGCCCCUGCUCCGGCCGCCCGCUCACCUGCACUUCUUCCCGCACUGGCUGCUCUACUGCUUCCCCUCCUGUCUCCAGUUCUCCACUCUCUGUCUCCUCAACCUCUACCUGGCGGAGGUUAUAUGUAAAGUCAGAUGUGCCACUGAACUUGACAAACACAAAAUUCUUCUGCAUUUGGGCUUUCUGUUGGCAAGCCUUCUCUUUUUAGUGGUGAACUUGACUUGUGCAAUGCUACUCCAUGGAGAUGUCCCAGAAAAUCAAUUGAAAUGGACUGUAUUUGUUCGCGCACUAAUUAAUGAUAGCCUGUUUAUUCUUUGUGCCAUCUCUUUAGUUAGUUACAUAUGCAAAGUUACAAAAAUGUCAUCAGCUAAUGUCUACCUCGAAUCAAAGGGCGUGUCCCUGUGCCAGACGGUUGUUGUUGGCUCUGUAGUCAUUCUACUCUACUCAUCAAGAGCUUGUUAUAAUUUGGUGGUGAUCACCAUAUCUCAGGAUACAUUAGAAAGUCCAUUUAAUUAUGGCUGGGAUAACCUUUCAGAUAAAGCUCCUAUAGAAGAUAUCGGUGGAGAAGAAUACAUCGUAUUUGGAAUGGUCCUCUUCCUCUGGGAACAUGUGCCAGCAUGGUCGGUGGUACUGUUUUUCCGGGCACAAAGACUAACCCAGAAUUUGGCACCUGCUGGCAUGAUAAAUAGUCACAGUUAUAGUUCCAGAGCUUACUUUUUUGACAAUCCAAGACGGUAUGAUAGUGAUGACGACUUACCAAGGCUGGGAAAUUCACGAGAAGGAAGCUGCCCCAGCUCACAAGGUUUGGGCUGGUAUGGCACCAUGACGGGGUGUGGCAGCAACAGUUACACAGUCACUCCCCACCGGAAUGGACCCAUGACCGAUACUGCUCCUUUGCUCUUCACGUGUAGUAGUUUAGAUGUGAACAACCACCAUAGCUUAUAUGCAACACCACAAAACUGACAGCACUGCCGGGUCCUAAUUCUGGAAUUGUUUCUCAUGAAUGUGUAUAUUCAACACAUCUAGAUUCCAUCUAUGUAAGCAUUUCAUCAUCUGAAAACAAAGCCUGGGAAUGUGGCUGUGUCCAUGUCGGACACAGCUGACUUGUGAUCUCUUCAUAGUAAAAUGAAGUAAAAUGGAAAACAUGGAGCGGGAUUCGAUUCUAAGGCACUAGGAAGAUGGCCUCCAGAUGUCCUGUAUAUUUGCCUAUUUGCACUUUUAUCUUUGUUCUGAAAGAUUAACUGCAGUCCCUAAAGUCAUCCUCCAGUGCUCAUACUGGCAUAUUAUAUUGUACACCAAAUUGGGAGACAGUUCUCCCACACCAAGCAAAGCCUGUAUUUGGAGUGUACUCUAUAUGGAAUUACCAAUAAAAGUUUUAGUGUGAACUGUGUACAGAAUUAAAGCAUAAAAAUAGAUCAUUCUUUUAAAAUAUCUAAUCAAAAUAUUUAAUCAUUGAAGACAGUUCUUUUGAGCAUGACCUUAAAAUGCCAACGGAAAAUAUUUAAGAAGUUAUUUUAAAUAGAUGCUAUUAGCGAUUCCUCACAAUAUCCAGCAAUGUUCUUUGGGAAGCCACCGUCAUUUCUUCAAAAAGAAAGUAGCCCCUUGAGAAUCAUGUUGCUACUUUCGAGUCAAAUUGGUCAAGUGAUUAUUUUGUAAGAUUAAGAUAUACGUAGUAGAGUUAAAGCAUGAUUCCUCAAGAAAGCACUCGUGAGUUUUAGAUAGAGACAUUUUGGUAGAAAUUCUUGGGACUAAACAUGUUUACAGAUGCAUUUAAGAAUUAUUCAUAAAAUGUAUGAGUCUAAGUUAAAACUUGGAUACGUUUUUAAAAUCAUUCUAUUUAGCUCAAACAAACUAUUGCUGAGCUUACCUAUUGAUGCAGGAUUGUCCUCAGGUAAAUGAAAUCAUGAUACAGUACUGCAGUGAAAUCAAGUGCAAUGCUUUGUAAGACAUAAAAUUCCAUCUCUAGUUUACUCACAUUUUUAUCUUAUAUAUGGGCAAAGCCAAAUUAGAUUUAAUUCAAAUUAAUUCCAGCACUAGAUUAAAUGAGUAAAAUCAUGUAAAGUAAUGGUACUAACUAGGUAAGUAUGAAACCAGUAGGUAAUGACAUUGGAAUACUUCAGAAUUAUCUUAAAAAUGUCUUGUUGUCUUAUUAUCAAAUACCUUGAAUGUCUUAUUCCAAAUCUAAAAAAAUAUGACAGGCUAAGCUAAUAGAGAAUUGUGAAUGCACUUUCUACCUGUGUCUACAUGGAAAUAAGUAGAUGCUGAAUACCUCAAGAUGCCAAUGCACCAGGAAACACUGGAACUUUAUCACAGGAUGCUAAAAGACAACUGAACUCUACCAUUGCUGAUCUGUUUCUACAGAAUGACACUAAUACAACUGUCCAUUUCUGGCUUCUACUCUGAUUAGAAAAUUUUGUUUUAUUUUUACCCUUAAUUAAAAUAUUUUAAACUUUUAAAUAACCGAUACAGUAACUUCACUAAAAAUACAGUAGGUAAAAUGCUGAGGAAUAAAUGGAAUAUUUAAUGAUUUUUAUCUUUUGAGAAGCUGAUAGAGCAAAAGAAAUUUCUUCUUUUUAUAA